AUAACUUUAGUACAUUAUAUCAGUAUACCAGAUAGAUACACAUAUGGCCGUCAUUUACGCAUAUAGGCAGCUGUUACGCGAUAAAAUUUACGUCACGGAUACGGUUAUCCGGCAACCAGCAUGGAGUUUGUGCCUAAAUUGAAAUUAAAUAAUGGAAAUGAAAUCCCUUUCUUUGGUUUAGGAACAUGGAGAUCGAAACCAGGCGAAGUAGAAGAGGCAGUAAAACAUGCCAUAGAUGUCGGUUACAGACAAUUUGACUGCGCGAGAUUUUACGAAAAUGAAGCAGAAAUUGGAAAAGCAAUACGAGAAAAAAUACAAGAAGGAGUUGUAAAGAGGGAAGAUCUUUUCAUUACGAGCAAGCUGUGGUGCACAAAUAUGAGACCUGACCUCGUUGAACCAACAUUAAAAAGUUCUUUGGCAGACCUUGGUUUGGAAUAUCUUGAUUUAUACCUUAUACACUGGCCAUGUGCCUUCAAGGAAGGGAAUGGUCUUCUACCUGAAGACACAAAUAAUCCAGGGAAGGUGCUAUUCAGUGACGUUGAUUACGUUGAUACAUGGAAAGCUAUGGAAGAUGUGCAUAAAAAAGGUUUAGCAAAAAGUGUCGGAAUUUCUAACUUUAACGAACGACAAGUUACAAGACUUCUAGAAAAUGCAAAGGUUGUUCCAGUCGUCAAUCAGAUUGAAUGCCAUCCAUAUCUGAAUCAAAAGAGACUGACGGCAUUUUGCAAAAGUAAAGGAAUCGAAAUAGUGGGCUGUCUCCACCAGACAGGCCAUGGGCAAAGCCAUCGGAUCCAAUUUUGAUAGAGGAACCAAUAAUCAAAGAGAUAGCAGCAAAAUAUGGAAAAACUCCUGCACAAGUUAUUUUUAGGUAUAUCAUUCAAUUGGGUGUGAUCCCCAUACCAAAAUCCACAAACAAAACAAGAAUCGCAGAAAAUAUAAAUGUUUUUGACUUUGAAUUAACACUAGAUGAGAUAUCAAAAAUUGAUGCACUGGAUUGUAAUGGAAGGGCGCAUCCAUUGUCCUUUGGCAUUGGACAUCCAAACUAUCCUUUCAAUGAUGAGUAUUAGAUGAUAUGAACAAUUUCGUUAACAGCUAGCCACAUAAAUAUGUAAAAUACUAUAUAAAUAUUAUAUAGCAGAUUACAGUUCGUGUAUUGUGGUCAAAUAAACAGAGAAUUGAAAAAAUAAAAUUGUUUUCAGUU